AUGGAAGCUCCCAACCAGUCUGCCGUGACAGAGUUUGUCUUGCUGGGACUCUCAGCCCACCCAAAGCUGGAGAAAACCUUCUUUGUGCUCAUCCUGUUGAUGUACCUGGUGAUCUUACUGGGCAACGGGGUCCUCAUCCUGGUGACUGUAUCUGACUCCCACCUGCACACGCCUAUGUACUUCUUCCUGGGGAACCUCUCCAUCCUGGACAUCUGCUACACAACCUCCUCAGUCCCCCUGGUCCUGGAUGGUUUCCUGACUCCCAGGAAAACCAUCUCUUUCUCAGGUUGUGCUGUGCAGAUGUUUCUCUCCUUCGCCAUGGGAGCCACAGAGUGUGUGCUUCUGGGCAUGAUGGCGUUUGAUCGCUACGUGGCCAUCUGCAACCCCCUUAGGUACCCUGUGGUCAUGAGCAAGGCUGCCUAUGUGCCCAUGGCUGCUGGCUCCUGGUUGGCUGGUGGAACCAACUCCUUGGUGCAGAUUUCUCUUGCAGUACAAUUGCCCUUCUGUGGGGACAAUGUCAUCAACCAUUUUAUCUGUGAGAUUCUGGCAGUUCUAAAGUUGGCCUGUGCUGACAUUUCCAUUAAUGUGGUCAGCAUGGGGGUGGCCAAUGUGAUCUUCCUGGGAGUCCCAGUUCUUUUCAUCUUUGUCUCCUACAUCUUUAUAAUUACCACCAUCCUAAAGAUACCCUCAGGUGAGGGGAGGCGCAAGGCCUUCUCCACCUGCUCUGCCCACCUCGCCGUGGUGAUCAUCUUCUAUGGGACCAUCCUGUUCAUGUAUGGGAAGCCUAAAUCAAAGGACCCCCUGGGAGCAGACAAGCAGGACCUUUCAGACAAACUAAUUUCCCUCUUCUAUGGACUUCUGACUCCCCUGCUCAACCCCAUCAUCUAUAGUCUGAGGAACAAGGAUGUUAAGAUGGCUGUGAGGAACCUGGUGGCUCAGAAAUGCUUCACCCAGUGA